AUGCAUCGAGCUGGUGGCAAUAGCGAAGACUGGAAAAUGAGCGACAUUACUGGUCGAAUCGACUCUUCAAUCUGUAUUCACUACAAGCCGCAGCUUUUGGCAAAAGCCGGGUUCACCUCUCGAUCCCCCUCCUGCGAAGGAAAGACCUGGACGAGGUAUUCAUACUUCAACCUAGGCGGCGGCACGGACGACUCUACCAAGCACAACGAGGCGUUCCUUCAUUCCGGCAUUGGCAUGAACCUGAUCAUUCUCGACCCGGAGCUAUGCAUGACGACCACGCCGUACCACUGGCUCAGCACCGCCGUCAGGAGCCUCGAUCACUGCGUCGAGGCGCUGUGCUCGCUUCAAGACACAGAGACGUCCGACCGCAACGCAGAAGAGGGCUUGAACAAGUGGAAGGACGUCGGCGCGAGUCAUUCUUCCCAUACCUACAGAGGCACUUUACCAAGUACUCAUCAGGCACCCAGUCCCGACGUUGGAUAUCCUGAGAUGCUUGAGAGGAUUUGA